UGUUUUAAGCGGCAUUGCUUCCUGAAGGUUACCGUGAGGUGAGAGCUACACAGCCGCGGAGCGUCACUGCUGGGGUGUUGUGGCCAGGAGUGUUUGGCCUAUCUGUAGCGCUAGUGUUGGGCUCAGGGAGUAGUGAAAAGCUGAGGGUGAGGUGAAGUCUCUGUGGAGCCCGUAGGCUUAGCAAUGAAGAGGAUAUUUGGGUUCGGGAGUAAGAAGGGCGUGUCGCCCUUGGGCUCCGCUUCUGUUGGGCAGAAGAAUAAUAGGAUUGACAACUUCCUGAUGGGUUACCACGUCCGAGACAGAGAUCUCGGAAAGAUCCACAAGGCUGCCUGCGUGGGCAACGUAGCGAAAGUGCAGCAGAUUCUGUUCUUGGGGAAAAAUGGCGUGGAUGAUAGAGACAAGAUGAACAGGACUGCUCUUCAUUUGGCCUGUGCCAAUGGCCAUCCAGAAGUGGUGACCCUCCUAAUAGAGAGGAAAUGCCAUCUUAACCUCUGUGAUAAUGAAAACAGGACAGCUCUCAUGAAGGCCGUACAGUGCCAGGAAGAGAAAUGUGUAAACAUACUGUUGGAAAAUGGUGCCGAUCCAAAUAUUAGGGAUGUGAGUGGCAACACUGCUCUCCACUAUGCUGCCUUUGGUGAUAAUAUAUCCAUAAUAGAGAAGCUGCUGCUAUACAAUGCGAAUACUGAAGCAAUAAAUAAGGAUAACUUCACACCACUUCUAGUUGCUGUAAAUGAAAACAAACAGCAAAUAGUGGAAUUUUUAAUAGAAAAGGCAGCAAAUAUACAUGCAGUUGAUAAAUUAAAAAGCAAUUACGAAAUAAUUUGCAGACAUAAAGAAGAAAUCAUGCUUAAAAAUUCUUUGCAAAAUAGCAAUCCAGUAGAAGAUAAGAAUUCUGAGGAAGACUCUUUAACCAGGCUUUCCGACAAACCUGGUAUUGAUGAUUCAUGGCCUACAUCAGAUAGCGAAGACUUAGAUUUUGGUACCAAGAAUGUCCCGAAACCAAGUGUAGCAAAGCUACUGCAUUCUUCUGGGCAACUCAUGGAAAACAUGAGAGCAAAACGUGGCUCUGUGAAAGCAGAAGGUGGAACCUUAUCUGAGGACAAUAAUCCUGAUUCUGAAAAUGAAGAUGUGGGUGAAACUCUUUCCAAACCACCAACCAGAGAUUAUGGCGAUUCUCUUCCUGUUUUUCCAUCAGCUAAAUCUCUUCUAAAACCUUCUCUCAAGACGUUAGCUGUCCUUGGUCUUCCAAAGGAAGGAACAGCAAAGUCAGCAGUGGAAGCAAAGGAAGAUGGUAUUGGUAUUAUUGAAAAUGUGCCACCAGAGCAAACAGUUAAUGACAGUUUGACUUCUGGUGGAGUGCAUAAAAAUUACAGAAGUGAUAUGAUGUCAGCAUUAGGAUUAGGAGAAGAGGAAGAUGUAGAAUCACCUUCUGAUCCUGAGAGUAUGUCUGAGAGUCCAAACAAAUAUGUUCCUCAUUUAUCUGGAGCUGUGGAUCAGAAAGGGCAAAGUAUAUUAAAUGGACAAGUAGAAGAUGUGUUUUAUAUACCUUCUUGCAUGAGUGGAUCAAGAAACUUUAAGAUGGCUAAACUAGAGGAUACAAGAAAUGUAGGCAUACCAGUAACCCACAUGGAUCCUCCUGAAAAAUAUCCUCACUUGAAGCCUACCGUUGAAGUGGAAGAUUCUUUUUCUGAUAAAACAGUAGGAAUGAAGGAUAUACAGACAUCCAGAUCAGAUUUUUCGGAUUGGGAGUCUACUAGUUUGACCUUCGGUAAUGAGACUUGUCAAACAUCCAAGAAUUUGAAGGUUGAUAAAUGCCCAUUUGUAUCACAACCAAUGAUCAAAAAUCAGUCAGCAUCCACAGAUUCUGGACCGAUAACCUUAAUAGAUAAAGAAAAGAUUAAUAUUGGAACUGUGCUGCUGUUAGGUAAUUGUACACUCCGUGACCUGAGUGAAUCACAGUUACCAGAAAACAGAGAGAGCAAAGAAGCAGACCUAGACUUAGAAUUAACAUCAGUGGAAGAGCGAGAAAGGCUUGAUGGAAGUGAAAAUAACCACCCACAGUAUCAAGUUCCAUUAAAGGUUGAAGAAAAAAAGAAGCACAGAAGUAGUGACAUGGAAGUAUCAGAAAACAUACAUGAUGCUGCAGCUGCUGGAUUAAUUCAACAAAGAAAGAAUGGAAAAACUGAUAACCAUCAAUUUCCUAUUACAGAAAAUAAAGAUUCUGAUAGUAGUGAACCUGGUUUACAUAUGAAGAAGUUAAAGAAAGGUGAAGAUGAAGAAGGGACAUCAGAAGAAUCUGUGAUCACACCAGUGUUGAAGAAGGCCAAUUCCCUAACUGGUGGUCUACUACAAAUGAAUGAGGGCAGCAGUUUAAGUGAAAAGGAUCAGCAUGAAAGCAGACCUGCAAAGAAAAUUUCUAAGAAGAAGAACAAGGUCAAAAAGCAAGUUACGUCUAUGGAUGACCUUGUCGACUUAAUUCAGUCAUCUGAAACAGCUUCAGAGGAUUGUGAGUUGCCUUACUCUAGGAAUUUCAUGUUGCUAAUUGAAAAACUUGGCAUGGAUUGUAAAGAUACUGUUGGCUUCUUGAAAAUCCAAGAUAUAGUUCUUUCCUAUGAAAGAUUAAUGAAACUUAACAAAAGUCACUGUAAACUACUUACAGGAAAAAUUAAAAAAAUGGAAAAAACAGUUAGUGCACUACAAAACGAGCUACGAGAAGCAAAAGACAUGAAAUCACGGUUAGAGCAUCAAAAAGUGGAAUGGGAACAUGAAUUCUGCAGUUUGAGAUUUACUUUAAAACAAGAAGAGGAAAAAAGAAGAAAUGCUGAUAUGUUAUAUGAAAAAAUUAGGGAGAGGUUAAGAAGAAAAGAAGACCAAUAUAAUAAAGAAGUUGAAACAAAACAACAAUUUGAACUCGCUCUUAGAACACUAAACAUGGAAUUGAAGGCCGCAAAAAAUCAUUUGAAUCAGCUUUCUGAUAGUCAUGAAAAACAACAAGAUCUGUUGCAUAAAAACCACAUGUUGCAGGAUGAAAUUGCCAUGCUAAGACUGGAAAUAGACACCAUAAAAAAUCAGUACCAGGGAAAGGAAACAAAAUAUUGUGAAGACAUUGAAAUUGUAAAAGAAGAGAAUGACAAUCUUCAAAAGACCAUAAAACAGAAUGAGGAAACAUUAUCAAAAACAAUAUUCCAAUAUAGUGGACAGCUUAAUGUUCUGACUGCUGAGAUUACGAUGCUAAACUCUAAACUGGAGAAUGAAAAACAAAAUAAAGAGAGCCUGGAAGCAGAAGUUGAAUCAUACCGUGCUAGACUGGCUACUGCUGUACACGAUCAUGAUCAGAGUCAGACAUCAAGAAGAGACCUAGAACUUGCUUUCCAGAGAGCAAGAGAUGAAUGGUUUCACUUACAGGACAAAAUGAAUUUUGAUGUGUCUAAUCUACAAGAUAACAAUGAAGUUCUUUCUCAGCAACUUUCUCAAGUUGAAAGUAAACUCAAUGCCCUGGAAAUUGAGCUCCAUCACACAAAAGAUGCUCUCAGAGAAAAGACUUUAGUUUUAGAAUGUGUACAAAGGGACCUAAGCCAAACACAAUGCCAGAAGACGGAAAUUGAACACAUGUAUCAGAACGAACAAAGUAAAGUGAAUAAAUAUAUUGCAAAGCAGGAAUCCUUAGAGGAAAGGUUAUCUCAACUACAAAGUGAAAAUAUGUUGCUUAGACAGCAACUAGAUGAUGCUCACAACAAAGCGGACAGUAAAGAAAAGCUAGUAAUUAAUAUCCAAGACCAGUUUCAGAAUAUCAUAAAAAAACUUGAAGCUAAAAGUGAAGAACAAGGUCUUAUGCUGGGAGAAAGAAAUAAAGAAUUAAUCGAUGAAUGUAAACAUUUAAAAGAAAGAAUGUAUCAUUAUGAAAAUGAGAAAGCAAAAAUAGAAGUAGUUAUGAGACAACUGCAACAAGAACUGGCUGAUACUCUGAAGAAACAGUCUAUGUCAGAGGCUUCCCUGGAGGUUACAUCACGUUAUCGUCUUAGUUUAGAAGAUGAGACACGGGAUCUAAAGAAGAAAUUAGGUCAAGUCAGAAGUCAGUUGCAAGAAGCACAGGAUCGACAUGCAGAGGCCGUAAGAUAUGCUGAGAAGACGAAAGAUCAUAUGCAAAAGCUAGAGGUUAAAAAUACCAGACAAGAAGAAACCAUCAAAGAGCAAGCGGCCCAAAUUCAAGAUCUUCAGAGCAACUUGUUAAGGACAAGUUUGGCUGAUGACCUUACAACAAAACUGGAAACUACAUCUUCAAAAUGUCUACACCUGGAUGCAAAAAAUCAAGUUCUUCAACAGGAGUUAUUGUCAAUGAAAGCUUUAGGAAAAAAAUGUGAAAAACUAGAGAGCAAUAGCAAGAAGUUACAACAAGAAGUCGUAAAAUUGAAAAGUUUUAUGGAAAUGAAUAUGGUAGAACGCAGUCAAGUGGAACAGUAUAAACGGGAGAUUGAAGAAAGAGCACGACUGGAGAUAGUAGAAAAAUUAAAGGAAGUCAAUCUGUUUUUACAGGCACAAGCAGCAGCUCAAGAAAACUUAGACCAGUUAAGAGAAAAUGCUCAUGCUUCAAUGAGAAGUCAAAUGGAACUUAGAAUUAAAGAUCUGGAAUCUCAGGUCUCUACAAUGAAGACUUCUCAAGAAGAUUCUACUAAAACAGAGUUGGAAACAUACAGGCAACUCUACCUAGAAGAAUUAAAAGCUAGAAAGUCCUUGAGAAAUAAGCUGAACAGGACCAAUGAGAGACUGUCAGAGAUCAAUACAAAACUUCUGGUAGAGAGACAGCAGCACCAAACUUUACUCGGCACUCUUGCUAUGAGGUCAGGCCUGGAACCACCUUAUUGUGGACAUUUUGAAAAUAAUUUAGUGCUCAAUAGAAAUCUUACUCCAAGAGGAAACUUAGUGAUUCCUACCUCAAACCCACGGCCGUCAUAUGACUACAGGGAGACUUCCUUGUGGAAGAUGCAGUGGGAGUUGGAAAAAAGUAUAACCAGAGCACUAGAAGAAGCUGCUACUGAAUUUGAAUCAGGAUCCUGUAGAACUCCUUUAGUAUCUACUGAUGAUUCAAUUCUAAAUCAAGACCUGGUAUGGAAAGCGUCACAAGAAUAUGUACAGAUUUUGAAUAAAAAUUAUAUGAUUUGAAAAAUAGAAAAAAUUUACUGGAUGCUUACAAAACAUUUUCAUUGUUUCCCAAUUGAACACACUAUAUGGCAAAAUCUUGAUUAAAGGAAAAUGUUUUUGUAUCAUAUGUGUGUGAUGAAAAUCUGUAUAAUAUUUUAAACUAUGUUUCUUGGCAUCUCAUUAACUUUUAAGCACAUUUUGUACGUGGAAACCAGCACUAGAGGGUUUUACAUACUUCAGACCGCUCCACUACCAGCUGUUUGAACAGCACCCAAACAACCAAGUUGCCACUAAUACUUCAGUAGUGUUAACGGAUGGCUUUUGUAUUUUCCAAUUUUUGUUACUAUAUGUGGACCUAAAGAUUUAGACAUUAUUUUGAUGUAUUCCUGCUAUGGCUAUUGCCAAUGUUUGUAUGUAUUACAAUAUUUUAUAAUGCCAUAAAACCUGUGUAUAAUUGUAAACACUGAUUCAUAGCUCUUUCCACAUGGAGAAAUAAAAUUUGUCUAAGGCUUUUCA